ACAUAGGCAAAAGCCCUAUUGCACUCACUAACACUACCGUCAGUUAUAAAGCGUUAGCGAACCUUUUCCUCGUUGCUACACCCUGUACCGUAAUCUGUAUCUGACACUAGCGUGUAGCGUUUGUAAGAAAAAGUGAAACCGCAAGAAAAUUUUUGUGAAAACGUAAACGUUUAAAAGACACAGUAAAUCCGCAUCACAGCUUGCGAAAUAUACCGGAAUGGUUGCCCAAAAAGCGCUGAAAGCAACCGAACAGGCGGACAAAGAUGGUGAGAGCGUUUCUGGAAGGCAAUCCGUGAAAGCCGUACCAGCGAGUACCAACGCCAUCAGCAAUAUUGUGCCGGGUGCCGCAGAGCAUCCAAAGGGCGAUGAUACCGAGGAAAAGUUCGUCAUUGGAGCCGAGUAUAUGGUACAGCGACAAGAUGGCUCCUGGCACCAGGCUCAACUCAUUCAAAGUCGACAGAAUUCUUGCGAUCCAAAACAGUACGAGUAUUACAUUCACUACGAAGGCUUGAAUCGGCGUCUGGACCAGUGGGUUUCCAAGGAUCGCAUUUCACUGGCACCAACGAGUGCAGGGGACAAAAAACCAUCUGGUCCAGGGAAAACUCCUGUGGUUCAGGACUACAACGGAAAAAGUCCAUUAACCGGAUUAUCUGGAAACGCGAAAGAUUCACCGAAAGUUGGCAAACCAAUCGGUGAGAUAGAUAUUGCAGAUGGUGAUCCGGAUAGGAAAAUAACGCGCAAUCAGAAGAGGCGUCAUGAUGAGAUUAAUCAUGUACAAAAGACAUACGCCGAGAUGGAUCCGACCACCGCUGCUCUCGAAAAAGAACACGAAGCUAUUACCAAGGUAAAGUACAUUGAUAAGUUACGUUUUGGAAAAUAUGAGAUCGACACCUGGUACUUUUCUCCUUAUCCGGAGGAGUAUGGCAAAGUUGGGACUUUAUACGUGUGUGAAUAUUGUCUACGAUAUAUGCGCCUUUCUAAGACCCUGCAGCACCACAAAACUACAUGUAGCAGACGGCAACCGCCGGGCAACGAAAUCUACCGUAAGGGUACAGUAUCUAUUUUUGAAAUCGACGGAAAGGAUCACCGUUUCUACUGUCAGACGCUUUGCUUGAUGGCGAAACUAUUCUUAGACCACAAAACUCUCUAUUACGAUGUCGAUCCAUUCUUCUUCUAUGUGCUGUGCGAAAUUGAUAAAGAGGGUCAGCAUAUUGUGGGUUAUUUUUCGAAGGAGAAAGAAUCACCGGAAGGAAAUAAUGUGGCUUGCAUUUUAAUUCUGCCUCCGUAUCAGCGCAAAGGCUAUGGAAAGCUGUUGAUUGCCUUUAGCUACGAAUUGUCCCGUCGGGAGGGCAUCGUAGGAAGUCCAGAGAAGCCGCUGUCGGAUUUAGGUCGACUCAGCUACCGCAGUUACUGGGCUUACACUUUGCUGGAGCUAAUGAAGGAAUACCGUACGACAACCAUUAAGGAGUUGAGCGAGCUAUCUGGUAUUACGCAGGACGACAUAAUCUACACCCUGCAGUCCAUGAAAAUGGUUAAAUAUUGGAAGGGACAGCACGUGAUUUGCGUUACGUCCAAGGCGGUUCAAGAACACCUGCAGCUGCCGCAGUUCAAAAAACCUAAGCUGAUGAUCGACUCUGCAUAUCUCAAGUGGGCCCCGCAAAAGCGUGCCAUUCCAGUAAAGCAGAUCAAAAAAGCUUGAACCGUAAGUAAGACAACAAAAUUGAAGGCGAAUUAUGUUCUUUAUUUUUUAUUCCUAUAAGCAAACGUCUAAAAUGUACGACUAUUUUUAAUUUUUACUAUCUAAAAGUAACGUAUUUUUGGUAGCAUAGCUGUAAAAGAAUUCCUUAGGGUUACUGGCCAAUAUGUUCGGACAAAUAAUCGACAACUGAGCGAAAAUCUUUGAAGAUACCACUAACCUUGGGGAUAGUAUCCUCAGUAUA